AUGGCUGGAGCCAGGCACCUUAGCAAGAGUUUGGAUGCCUUUCGGGGACUUUUCGAGAGCAGUUUGAGUCCGCGUUUUCCAAGUGGAGCUCGGAUCAUCCCCACUAUUUCCACUAUGCUUCACCUGAGAUGUUUAAGCUCUAGUAGGUUCCUUGGUUCUCUAAUUAUGAAUUCGUGUUCUUUCCUGGACUCCAGAUCAAUUAUGAGAAAGCAGGUCCGGCCCUUCCUCAAUCUUGCAGCUCCUCUACUUGGUGCCAAACGCAUGGAAUAUACUGAAAUCCGUCAACUCCCGUAUUCUGUUGACCAAAUGUAUGACAUUGUAGCUGAUGUUGGCAGCUACCGGCUCUUUGUUCCCUGGUGUAACUACUCCCGCAUAAUUUCCCAUCACAGCAAAAUCUUCAAGGCUGAACUGGAAGUGGGAUUUCCUCCUGUGGUUGAGCGCUAUGUCUCGGAGAUCUCCUCAGUGCCUCACUGUCAAAUCCGGGCUGUGAGUAAAGAUGGGCGGUUAUUUCAGCAUCUGGAGACACUGUGGCAAUUUAAGCCAGGACACACAGGACGCCUGGAUUCUUGCAUGCUCAAGUUUUAUGUCUCCUUUGAAUUCAAAUCCACUUUCCAUUCGCAACUGGCUAAUCUUUUCUUUAAUGAGGUAGUCAAGCGAAUGGUCUCAGCCUUUGAACAGAGAGCAGAGAAGCUGUACAGCACUCAAACUGCAGCCCGGCCACACCAGACAAUUCACUGCACAUGAUGAUGGUUUUGAGAAUACUAAAGUCUGAGUCCACCUUCCUGAUCUCACAGAGCACUCUUCUUUUUUGCCCACAUCUGUAUCCCUUCUUGGAUGUUUUAUUCAUGG